AUGGGGGAGUACCGGCAAGGUGUGCCUAUUAACACCUCUGAGCCAGAAAAAACGUUGGAUGAUGUUCUACUGGGUACUCAACGCAUUUUGUUCGAGAGCCAGUGGCUACAGGAGCCUGAUAUCCAGAGCCCUGACAUAGUGGUAGAUCUCCAAGAUAGAGUAGCAGCUAUUGCCACUGAAAAGAUGGUUCCUGAGGAGCUGCUACCAGAGGUCCGGGACCUAAUGAAGGCUCUGGAGCAGGAUGUGAGGGAUAAUAUUCCUGAAAUAAGUCAGCUGACCAUCACGGAAAAGUCCACCACUGUCUCCAGGAACAGGAGAAGGCUCUGUGAGUUGGCAAGGCGCAAGACCAGAUGGCAAAGAGACAGACCAGAGUGCUGUUGUAAGGGCUAUGCCUGGGUUUCACCACGAAAGAUGACCUUACAGUUCUGCCUGUACUGGCCUUCCAUAUACUGGAAUGAACGCUUUCAUGAGGACACCACUCUGACCAUCACGGUACCAGCUGUGUCCCGAAGAGUGGAGGAGCUGUCACAGCCAAAGAAGAUAACUUUAGAGUGUUACCGAAACAAGAUCUUGCCUAGACCCCUGCCCAGCAUAGCAUACCAUCCCACCAACCGGCUGAAGGAAUUGGCUAUCCCGAAAGUCCGUAAUAACAUUUGGACUAUUGAUAUGUCUGAAUUAUCUAAGGUGUCCCGGGCAGCUCAGAUGGCGGUCCCUAGUGCACGGAUCUUGCAUUUAGCAAAGCCUAAGGGCCCACCAACGGUAUCAGAAGAGUGGGAUCCCAUGCCAAAGCCCAAGGCACAUAUGUCCGAUUACAAUCGUCUUCUACAACUGGCAAUGCCUAAGGCUCAGUCAGAAAAAUGCAUCCCUGACCGAAGUCCACGCUGGGAGGUAUUAGAUGUCACCAAGAGGGCGGUGGCCAGUGAGCGGAUCAUCACCCUGGCUCAGCCUAAGAUUCGUAAGGACAUCAAUGAGGGUUAUAACCCCUACCAAAUAUCCCCUGCCUCUCUGGUGGCUAGAGCCUCCCCUCGUAUCUAUGAACUUGCUAUUCCUAAAAGCAUUACCAAGAAAGUGUAA